AUGGAAGACUUUCUCAUUCCAGAAAAGGAAGGAAAGUGCGGUCAAAUUGCGAGUAAAGAUCGGCAGAGGGAAUCAGCAACAUGUCUGACUUUGAUCACUUCUCCAACAUGUCGAGUAACAGUGCCGUGGAACUCCAGCCAGAAGCCAGAGGCGCCCGGAUCGAAUCGAGACUCGCUCAAUCUCGACGACUUCGAGAAGGUCGAGGCCGACCAGCUCCCUCCUGUGGCCCAGGGCUUCCAGGCGGCCGCCGGGCUCAUGGGCGACCUCGUGUCCCAGGCCUCCUCCGCGGCGCCCGACAGCUCCUCCUUCGCCGGCGGGGUCACGCUCGACUCCAGCCCCGCCUUCGACACAGGCCUGCUCUCGUCGGCCGCGCCGCCCUUCGCCAGCGACCCCUUCAGGCUGGAGGCGACGGCCAGCGACCCCUUCGCCAAGGACACGGCGCCCAGCGACGCCUUUGCGUCCUUCUCCCUGUCAGCCGACCCGCUCUUGGGAAAAGCCGAGUCCUCCGAGGCGCCACACAGGCCCGUCAUCAGCCCCGCCACCUGCCGUCGCCUCCAUCCUGGACGACCUCCCCCCGUCGACGCAGACGGAGGCCAAGCCCGUCUCGCCCGUGCUCGGCGGCGCCGACGACGUCCUGGCGGCGGAGGCCACCAAGUUCCUGGCCUCCGAGGGCAAGGGCGCCGGGCAACCCCACAGCGAGGCCCUGGCCUCUUUCGACCCCUUCAGCCCCAGCCUCCCGCGGUGGAGGUGCUGGCCGAGCCCCUCGUGGCCCCCGAAAGCUUCGCCCCGGCGCCCAAGCGCGAGCCCAGCCCCGAGCCCCUGGCCAAGGAGGCGCCCCUGGACCCCCUGGCCAAGGGCGAGGCAGAGCUGUUCGGCCUGAAGGAGGCCGACCCCUUCGCCGUCCCCAAGGAGCCCAGCCCGGAGCCCUUCGCCAGGAGGGAGCCCAGCCCCGAUCCCUUCGCCAGGAGGGAGCCUAGCCCAGUUCGCAGGGAGCCCACCCCUCCGCGUGAACCCACUCCCCCGCCCAAGGUGCCUACGCCCACGCCCAGAGAACCCACACCGCCCCCCCGGGAGCCCACACCACCACCCAGGGAGCCCACACCACCACCCAAGGUGCCCACUCCAACACCCAGGGAACCCACCCCGCCUCCCAGGGAGCCCACCCCGCCGCCCAAAGUGCCCACUCCAACCCCGAGGGAAGUGACCCCUCCUCCUCAGCUGGUGACCGUGGAGGCGUCGGCCCCGCCCGUGCAGGAGGCGCGGGUCACGGCGGGUCGGAAGUACGUGGUCUCCGCAGAAACUCGAGCCAAUUUCGCCGUCUUCAACCCCCGGGCCUGGUUCAACCCCGACCAGCUGGACCCGCGAGUGGUUGACCUGAUCUACUGGCGCGAUGUGAAGAAGACAGGUGUUGUGUUCGGAGGGUUGAUGAUGAUCCUCAUCUCGUUGGCCUACCUGUCCCUCAUCUCCGUGGUGGCCUACACCUCCCUGACCGUCCUCUCAGGAACCAUCACCUUCCGCAUCUACAAGAACAUCAUGCAGGCCGUUCAGAAGUCACAGGAUGGACACCCAUUCAAGGACAUCCUGGAGCUUGACACCAACCUGCCCUCAGAAAAGGUGCACGAGGCUACCGAUGUCAUCAUUCAGCAGAUCAAUUCCACAAUCAGCGAACUCAAGCGACUCUUCCUUGUGGAGGACCUUGUUGAUUCCGUUAAGUUUGGUUGUCUGCUUUGGUGUUUGACCUACUUGGGAUCUUGGUUCAAUGGAUUGACCCUCGUCAUCCUUGCGGUUGUAGCUCUCUUCAGCCUUCCCAAAGUCUAUGAACAGAACCAAGCCCAGAUUGACCAGUAUGUUGGUCUUGUUCGCUCACAAGUUAACGAUAUCAUGUCCAAGGUGAAGGCUUCCCUCCCCAUUGGAAACAAGGAGAAAACCCAGUAAGAAAAAGACAACAUCAACGUGUGAUAUCCUGAGUGCAUCUGUGUUUGUGCGCUACAUCAAACCACUGGUGUGUUGCGGCAUCUGCACCAACGUCGAAGUGCACACAUUUUAUUUGUGUGCAGAGUAAUCCCAGAGAGGAACCAACCAAUCCUAUUGUGGUCUGGCUUGCAAUGCUCCCCUAAGUCACACAAUGUUUCCUGAUGGGAAUGCACUAGCUAGCUGCCAUAUCUGUUGUAAUGAUAGGUGAACUUUGUAAUAUUGCUUUAGCUAUUAUGGUAACAUCUCUUUGAUGGCAGUGAACAAGUUUUUGUGUACAGUAAACCAGUGAUGGAACCCAGCAGCCAAGUUGUGAGGUUUGGGGAGCAUAAAGACAGUUUUAUGAAUGAAAGAGGCACACAGUGAGAGAAAAAAUAUAAAGUAAAAAAGCACUUCCAGCUGAUAUUAUUAGUGCUAUUAAGAUGAUGCUCAGUUGAUGCUAUUGUGCCUCUGGUCACCCUAUUUCUGAUUCUCACCUUUGCUUGCUUGUGUUGGUUAGAAGAUUCUCUGUAGCAUCAAGGGUGUUUAGCAUGUGCUGGGCAUGCUAUUUAUGCAGUGCACCCAAGGUAUAAACAGGAAGUGGUGUUAUAGUUAUACAUACAAUCAAGGGUGAGGAACAUGUUUGUGAAAUACACUACUCCAUUGUAUAGUCAUUGCAUUAUUGUUCUUUGUAGGUUUUUUUUCUUUUUCUUUUUCUUUUUCUUUCUUUCUUUUUCUUUUUUUUCGUCUUUCAUCUUUAUUUUUAUUAGCACUGUGAAAGGAGUAUCAAUGCAAUCAUUUUCAGUUGUUUAGUUUGUCCUUAUAUGCUUCAAACUGGCUGUCAUAUAUGGUUAAUGUAGAAUUGCCAAUUAGUGCAAAAGAUCUGUUGUCCAUUGUCAGUCUUCUAAGAUCUGUCUUUAUUUAUAAUUUUCAUGCUUUUAAAAUUUUUCUAUUGAAAGAAAAAUCUCCAAUGUACCCACGGCAUAUACUUUUAUAAAGGAUAAGCAAAUAGUGUUUUGAUUUUUUAUAUAUAAUCACCAAAGUAACUCUGUGGGAAACCUGCUUCCAUUUCAAUGGGUGUUCUCUUGUGUCUGUGAAGUGGGAAAUUCCCCAUAUGUCAUAGUGCUGUUGCUUGCCACAGUCGUCUAUUAAAUAACUGUCUACAACCUCUUUAAGUGUUAUGGAGAUGCAAGUGAGGAUUUAAGCUUAUAUUACUACUAGAUAUGUUUAAUUAUUGUACUCAACAUCUAGGGGCUAUUAUUUGCUCUUGUUGUAACAGGAAUUCUAUUAGAUAUCUGGCUGAAUCUAGUUCGGAGAUUUACAUAUAUUUAAAGCUUUUAUUUAUAUUUGGGUAAUGGGUAGGAAAAUAUAGGAAAAAAAAAAUUAUGCUUAAGUUGAAGGAGUUUUCUAAGUACUUGUAAGUGUUCUUUCAUAUUGCAUUAAAUACUGUCACAAACAACAGUAAAGUUGCUGUACUACCAAAUAAAACAUUCAAGAUUUA